GUGUUUCAGUUGGCUUGUUUUUCUUUUUCUUUUUUUAUUAGACUUUCUUGUCCUUCCUUCUUCUCCAUUACUCGUCAGUGAUCAUGGGUAACUCAGGGAGUAACUCCUUAUCAGAUUCUGACUCGACAUGGGAAGGUGAAGAAUGCUGUGAGGUUAUGGCAAAGGUCUCAAUGCAGUUGCCAUGGAGUGCACAAAGGGACGCAAAUGCUGCAAGAGACAUGCAAAACUACAGAUACAUGUGGCGGAUCACCCAGUCCGAUGAUGUGCCAGAUGAUGAGUUGGACAAUGACAAAGUCUGGCCGAAUCUACAGUUCUACCAAAAUAAGAUCCCUUUCAGCCCUGAUGGCAUAUGCAUUGAUGAGUUUCACCUGCACUGGUUUGGUGAUUACGACAAGCUGGAACAUGUGCACUGCUACAUUCAAUGGCUAUUUCCAACUCACGAGAAAGCAGUGAACACGUUCGAUGAGCUUAGCCCAGAAGUAUUCAAGCUGUUCUGUAGGGAUAAGGAGGUGAUGAAACGAUUGUUGACAUCUUACAAGCUCAUGUUGGACUUCUACGGCAUAGAACUCAUAAGCGAGGAAACUGGAGAAGUGAAACGUGCAGUAAACUGGAAAGAGCGAUUCGCAAACCUAAAUAGAAACUCACACAACAAUCAUCGCAUCACCCGCAUCCUUAAGUCAAUGGGAUUAAUGGGGUUUCCUCACUAUCAAGCACCGUUGGUUCAGUUCUUCCUUGUGGAGACUCUGGUGACAGGCACACUUCCCCAAGUCAAGCAAAGCGCUCUGGACUACUUUAUCUUCGCAGUUGUGGACAAGGCUAAAAGAAGAGAGCUGAUCAAAUUUGCCUUGCUUUAUUUUGAGCCGAAAGAAAAAUUUGUAUGGUGCCCUAAGGAGAUUAAAAAUCAAUUUUUGAAGGAGGUCAAGCAGGCACAGGAAGAAUGUCUAGGCAAUGCCAAGUAAUCCAACUGUUCAGAGUGUUUAGUGAGUGAAUAAUCAAAAAGGUAUAAAAUCAAGAUGGAACUGAAACGUUACAGAAAAAUCUGCAGCUAAGAAUAGCUUUUUUUUUUUUUCUAAAGACACUUUCUCUAAUGGACUUCUUGACCGAUGGAUCAAAUUGGAAGCAUCAGACUACACUUUUAACAUCAGCUUAACAAAAGAUGCUAAUUGUGAUGAGAAAUGAUCAUGUGAAAUGUUACUCAUUUAUAACUUGCUUAUGCUUGUGUAUAAUAAUCUGUAUAUCUGCUUAUAAAAUAUGAAUCAAUUUUCCUUUAUCAUCAAUGAAAAAUAAAAUUCUAGACAAUUAGAAAAAGAUGGUCAUCUUUUUUUAUUACCAGAAUGACCUAUUUAUAUUGAUUUCAGGCAGAGCCGAUCCUCAGAACUACCUUAAGAUAACUAGCAGAAAAUAUGUUUGGUUUUCCAGGUAGAAAAACAAGAAUAUUGUUAGCCACAUCAUACAACCC